AAAAUACAAGAAACAUUUAACAAGGACCUAGAAGAACUAAAGAUGAAACAAGCAACGAUGAACAACACAAUAAAUGAAAUUAAAAAUACUCUAGAUGAGAUCAAUAGCAGAGUAACUGAGGCAGAAGAACGGAUAAGUGAACUGGGAGAUAAAAUAGUGGAAAUAACUACUGCAGAGCAGAAUAAAGAAAAAAGAAUGAAAAGAACUGAGGGCAGUCUGAGAGACCUCUGGGACAACAUUAAACACACCAACAUUCGAAUUAUAGGGGUUCCAGAAGAAGAAGAGAAAAAGAAAGGAACUGAGAAAAUAUUUGAAGAGAUUAUAGUUGAAAACUUCCUUAAUAUGGGAAAGGAAAUAGUUAAUCAAGUCCAGGAAGCACAGAGAGUCCCAUACAGGAUAAAUCCUAGGAGAAACAUGCCAAGACACAUAUUAAUCAAACUGUCAAAACUGGCCCCGCCUCCCACAGGCGGCAGCCAUGGCGGCCUGGCAGGUCCCGGGGUCCGCGGGCGCUACGCUCGGGAGGCAGCCGUCCCCUGCCCCACCGCCAGAACUGCCCCAGGUCAGAGAAGUGUUCCGACAGCGCCUCAGCUUCACCUUCUGCUCCUCUUCGCAGGGAGACUGCGGCGGCUCUGGGCCCGACUCACAGGGCGGACCAGAGGGAGCAGCAAGGCGUCCGGUGAGCAAAGAGUUAACAGCGGCAGAGCGGAGGGUCUCGGAGCUUCACGCAGCCGCCUCCGCGGCUGGCCGGCUGAACUUCGUGGACCCAGCUACCGGCUACAUGGUGCUCACCCGGCUGGCCCACUUGCAGAGAGGCAGAUGCUGCGGGUCUACCUGCAGACACUGUCCAUAUGGUCAAGUCAAUGUUAAAGAUCCAUCCAAAAAGAAGCAACUCAAUUCACAUUUUUAUGUUUGAGAAGAAUUUCAUUUCUGUUCUCCAUCUAAUUGAGACUUAUUAAAAAAAUAAAUAAAACCUUAAUCCAAAAAAAAAAA